AUGUCUUCUACAGCCCACUUUCCUGAUUCCGACAGCUUCCAGCGUCAGUCAGAUGAGUUUAUCACAUGGCUGGCUCAGAGACCGGGUGUAAGAAUCAGUCCGAAGAUUCGCAUCGCUGAUUUAAGAUCACAGUCUGCCGGGAGAGGUGUAGUGGCACAAUCGGCUAUCGUCGAAGGCGAAGAACUUUUCUCCAUUCCCCGCGAUCUAGUUCUCUCGACGGAAAAUUCGAAGCUGAAGAGUCUGCUUUCUCAAGAUUUGGGAGAGUUGGGGCCAUGGCUCUCUCUUAUGCUGGUUAUGAUCUAUGAAUAUCUCUUACGAGAGCAGUCUGCCUGGGCACCGUACUACAGAAUCUUCCCAGAGAAUUUCGACACUCUAAUGUUUUGGUCCCCCGCCGAACUACAGGAGCUUCAGGGAAGUGCGAUUGUCGACAAGAUUGGGAGGCAAGGUGCUGAAGAGUCCAUUCUCCAAAUGAUUGCACCAGUGGUAAAGGCGAAUCCUUCCCUCUUCCCGCCGAUUCAGGGUCUCAGCUCAUGGGAGGGCGAGGCCGGUACCCAAGCUCUGCUGGGUCUCGCUCACGUCAUGGGAUCCCUUAUCAUGGCUUAUGCUUUUGACAUUGAGAAGGUCAAUGAUGAGGAUGAUGAAGAUAACGAGGGUGAAGACGGUUAUAUGACCGAUGAGGAAGAGGACCAGUCGUCAAAAGGCAUGGUGCCAUUGGCAGACAUCCUCAACGCGGAUGCGGAUCGAAAUAAUGCACGCCUCUUUCAGGAAGAGGACUCUCUGGUCAUGAAAGCUAUCAAGCCUAUCGCGGCGGGAGAUGAGAUCUUCAAUGACUACGGAGAAUUGCCCCGCUCCGACCUCCUGAGGCGCUACGGUUAUGUAACGGAUAACUAUGCUCCAUACGAUGUGAUUGAAGCGUCUCUGGACCAGAUCUGUCGCUCUGCUGGUCUUGAAAACGCUGAUAUCGAAAAUCAGCCUCGGCUCGAAUUUUUAGAGGACCUGGAACUCCUUGACGAUGGCUAUGUUAUUCCUAGGCCGUCUCCUGGAGACCCAUUGGCAGAUAUUCUCCCUGAUGAGCUAAUCCUGCUCUUGAAGACUCUGACCCUGUCGCCAGAGCAAUUUUCGCAUCAGCAGUCCAAGAGCAAACCUCCCAAGCCAUCCUUCGGCCAACCAGAGGCAAGCCUGUUCUUAAAGUGUAUCCAACUCAAGGGGAAACAGUACGCGACCACUAUCGAGCAAGAUCAGGAAAUCCUCUCCCGAUUGAACCAGUCUGAAGCCUCUCAUCCUUUGGACUCAUCCGCUCGCCGACAGAAGAUGGCCAUCCAGGUCCGCAUCGGAGAAAAGGAAAUCAUACAAACUCUAUUCAACAUGCUCAACGAAUUCAUUGGAAAUUCCGCCGAGACCAACGGAGCAUCUAUACUGAAGCGGCCCGCCGAUAACGAGAACGGAGACUCCAGGAGAUCCAAGACAGCCAAGAACUGA